AUGACUUUCACCGGCGUGCUGCACAUCACAGCUCUGUUCCUCAUGCAAGGGGAUUUUCCAGGAGGUGGAGGUGAAACCAUAACUCUAAAGGAAGGAGAGGACCUGAACCUCCGCUGCACCCUCAGCAGUGAUGAUGGUUCUGCCCGGCAGUGGUUAAACCCUCGUGGGUUUGCCAUUUUUCUCAACACCCAGCGGGCUUUAAGAGAUCAGAGGUACAAGCUUAUCCAUUAUUCAAAGGAUGAAUUAUCCAUUCAACUGUCUAACAUAACAGUGCAUGAUGAAGGUGUAUAUAAAUGCUUCUACUAUGGCAUCCCCUUCAAAAACAAGAACAAGACUGUUAAGGUAUUAGCUGCUCCUUCUAAUCCAGUAAUGCAAGUAUCCAGAGACACAGAAAGAAGCAUUACACUGUCUUGCUAUACCCAAGGAUGUAAGCCACAGGCCCGGAUUACCUGGCUGUUAGACAACGGGAUGGAGCUCCCUGGUGACACUAAGCACAAGUUAGAAGCUGAUGGGAAGAAAUGGACCACAACCAGCACGCUGACAGUCCUCGCCUAUGGACCCAAUUCAACUGCCAGCUGCAUCGUUCACCACCAAGCACUAGGAAAAGAGAAGCUUAUGGCAUCUUUCCAGUUUGACGACCUUGUUAGGACAGUUGCAAAACCAAAUCUGGCACCAUCUACACUAGAGGGGGUUACACGUGUCUCUGAAAACGAGCAAGCUACAGUUCCUUUAGGAUCCAAACAACCAACCAUCCCUUCUGCAGUACCAGAGGAUCUGCUAGUUCCCAGCUCAGCAUCAACACCGACCCAGAAAACCCUCCAACCAGAUGUCACAUCUACUUGGUCUGAAGUUACACCAGCUGCAGCAGGAAAGGAAGAAUGGACUGGUUCAUCGAGUUACCAUGUCCCCAGUGAGAGUGAAACAGCAUUCAGUGGCAACAUCACAGAAGAGGAAGCUGCCAGAACAGAAGCCCCUCUACCAAGUGGAAAUGUAACUGUGAUUUCCAUCAUCACCUUUGACAAAGAUGUGAAAUUUGAAGGCAUGGGAAAGAAGGAGAAAAAUCUCUUGCUGCCCAUCUUAGUGGCUGCUCUGAUUUUCGUGCUGCUCCUCAUUGUCCUGCUUUUUAUGAGGAAGCUGAAGAAAGCUCAUGGAGAGUGGAAGAGAGAAAAUGAUGUUUCAGACCAGACUCUGGAGAGUUAUAGAUCCAAAUCUAAUGAAGACAGUCCAGGCCAUGAGAAGAAUGGACACGGUGUCAAUCAGAAGUCCAACAUGCAAUAUGUAACAGAAGGAUAUGUGGAAAAAAUGCAGAAGAAUCCCAGAGACAAAACCAUUGCAAUAAGUGAGAAACUGUUUGGAUGUGGAAAGGAAACAGAUGUAUAG